UGCUGACCCCUGAACUCAGUGGGUGUCACUGUGUGCACAAGGCCCUGCUGACCCCUGGGCUCAGCGGGUGUCACUCACGCCACACUCUGACGUGCAGAUCAGGAGGACAAUGUGUGCUGUCUGGAGCUCCUGUAUUGUGGCAACUUGUUUUUCUUUCUCCUUUUCUUCUACUUCUUCCUCAGUUUCCCCCUCCUCCUCUCCCCCUCCCCUUUCCUUUUGUUUUCUGCUUUGCUUUGUUGAACUGGAUUCACAUAGCUCAGGCUGGCCUCAAACUCACUAUGUUGCAAAGGCUGGCCUUGAAUUCGGGAUCCUCCUGGCUCUUCCUCUAGAGCAGCACUGCGUCCAGUCGCAGGAACUUUCUGAGUCUGCCUUUCCAGUCCUUACAGUUCUGGAUGGAGACUGAGGGUUUUUGUGAGUACUCUGAGUUAUGCCCCCUUGGUACCAGACAGCACUUCAGUGUGCCUGGAGGAAGAGCUAGAGACAGGAGGGUUCUCCUCCUUGUGCUGAGGUGGGUGUGUCUGACAGUGAAGGAGCCAUGGGGCUGAUGACUGUCACAUUCCAGCUAGAUGGAACAGAAGAACGCCUUACUAAUGAUGGGUACUGAGAACGGGAGAUACCAAGGAUGAUGGUGAUUACCCUCUCAGACACACUGGUUCUACAGCUGUUGAACAGAUGCCACAUGCAGAAGACAUUGAGAAAUGUGGGCUUGUCUCCCUCCUGAGCAUCGUUCAGAGUGUCUCUCUCCCUGGCUCCAAACACAUGACUUAAAUGAGAUUGGCUUCAGUCUUUGCAUGAUUAAAAGGGAUUAAAUUGAGAUGAAUAUUGUGCUGAUAAAAUGUAGUUCCCUUUGGAAACUGCCCUCUUUCUCCAGCCCCUGGUUUCUUCCCAUCCACAAUGGUAACAGGCUCCUCAGCCACAUGGGACUGACUACCCAGAAGUGCAGCUCAGGGUACCCACGGGGCAUGCAUGGUCACAAGCUUGAGAAGCAGGAAAAUGGGGGUGAUCCCUGAACCCCUUGACAUAAGGGCCUUGAGGUGGACAGCAUGUGGGCAGAGUAUGAGAGAGAUUGGCUUCCUACAGGGUAAAUUAACUAGAGGUAAAGACAACCCUACCAUGUCUCAACUCUCGAGGCUGCUGACAAAGUGGCAGGCGUGCCUUAUAUGGAACCUGACUACUCCCUGGACUAGGACUCACUAGUGUAAGACUGGAUGAAAGGCCAGCGCCUGGUGCUUGUAUGGGUGGAUGUGACGUUCUGGGAUCUAAGAAUCCACAUUAAUGUGUUCCUUGACAAAUUCUUGCUUCCUUCAAUUCCCUGGAUUAGUAAGUCUGCCAAGAAAAAAUAUAUAUAUAAGAUUAUCGUUGUCAACUUUACACUGAUUUAAAGACAAGGCCUAUAAAAACAAACAUUAACUCUGUGCACACAUGUGCAAAGCCCCCAGAGUCUUUGAUACAUGUGCAGUUUCUGCAGUUCUUCCUGCUGCCUCAUCACAGACAGAGCGAGCCUGCCGGACACCCGCUGCAGCCUGCUGGGAAUGCUGCUUUUCAAUACUCUCAGUAUCUAACAAAACGGCAAUGAUGAGAAACCUGUGGGGUUCCGGGUCAAAUGGAAAAACAAAGCUGUAGAGCAACCCGUGUACAGCAACACCCAUGUGUUUCUUGUAACGAAACCAUGGGAAGAAACGGCCAGACUGAGGAAGCAGCACUCCGAGAUAGAUCACACACACGAAAUUUCUGUUACUUUACUUCAUUCCAUAUUUCCUAUAACUGAGCAUAUUGGUGUCAUAAUAAAAAGGUAACUAUAAAUACUAAAGCUAGAUGGUGAGUUUCAGCAUCCAGAAUAAUACUUCUCUUUGUGACAAGUUGUGAAAGAUAGAACCGAAGCACAGACUCAGGUCUGUAGGUGACCCCUGGUCAGUUCCACUCAGCAGCAGCCCUAGGGAGACAAAGGAUCUAAGUUCCAUGAGACUUCAAGAUGCCCCUUCUCUUACAUCACAGAGAUCAUGUUUGGAGAUGCCAACGUGGUAAGAAAUACAGUGGCUCCCACAAUGUCCAUAAGUCCUAGGACUUAUGAACGGGUCACCAUACGUGACAACAGGGACUCUCAGAGUUCAUUUGGCAAUUUGAGAGGGUACUAAUUUCCUGGGUUGCCCAUAGGUGCCUAAGAGUAAAGGAGGGAGGAAGGACGGUCAUUGUCCUUCCUGGAUGGUGGUAAUGAGGACCUCUGAAACCAGGCCUCUAGAUAGUUUUCACAUGGGUGUAUCUUGUUUAAAAAUGCUGCUCUUCAUCCUCCCCAGAGAAUAAAUAGAGGAAUCUCAUAAUCCAAGAGAAGCCCCCAUGUCUUCUACUUUCAUCUCUCAACAGACCUCCCUCUCUCCAUAUUGUCUUGCAUCCCUCAAAUGUGCAGUUUCCCCAUCAAGAAGGUGGUCCAGCUGUUCAGACUGGCAUUCUCUGUCACCCUCUAUCCUCCUGUCUCCAACACUCUUGACCACGGUGUAUCCACACAGCUCAUGAGCUCUGGUCACUCCCAGCACGCGGCUCCAGACAAAGGAAUGUGGCUUCACGAAGUGUUGUGCUCAGGGACAAAAUGAAGAACGAAUGGAUAGGAGGACUUUACCUUGCUUGCAGGAGCCCAACCACAAGUGUGCUAGGUCCUAUCCAGGUACUGUAGUGUCAAGGAAGAGUCUUAGCAAAAAACUUGUCACUCCCCGCAACACACACACACACACACACACACACACACACACACUUACUUUAGACUGAUUGGAAGAAUAAACGAAAAGCUUCAACUUUAAAUAGCCAGGAAAUCUGAAAGACACUUUCAAGUGAUUGUGGCAACCAGAUCUGACCUCAUCUAUAAAAUCUAGCCAUACUCAGGGGGGUCAUUAUUUAAGACAGGGAGCCAUAGAUCUCCCUUUUAAAACAGUCACCCUACAGAACAAUCUGCCUGUUUCAAUCACUGUUUCAAAUGCCCAAAGGUGCAGAGGUUUUCGUGUUAUGAAUCGUCGCUAGUUGCUCCUUCAGGAACUAGGACACUCGCUCUGCUCACUGAACGUUCCCAGAACACUGCAGCCCUGGCUUUGGAGCCACUGACUUGAAAUGAAACACAAUUUCCCCUUUCUCAGGAACAAACAAAACAGGGCAAAACUUGGGGGUUUUCCCUGUCUCUGUCCAUCCUCUUUCCCCAAACAAAUUUUGCGUCUCCUUGGGCCAGACCCUGGCACUGUUUCAGUAUUAUUUUCUCGCCGAAUGCAGAACUUGUUUGCUUUGUGGCAAGAAAGGGUAUUUUCUUUUUCUCUCAGAGGAAAGAGCAUAGCGAGGCCUCCUUGAAUUUCUUUUCCUGAGCAGCUUCAGCUCAGUGUGGCCUCGGCCCAUGGCGCGCCUCAACUGCUCAGCUGCCGGCACUGUGGUGGAGACUGCUGUGGGCACCAUGCUGACACUGGAGUGUGCUCUGGGCCUUACAGGUAAUGCUGUCGCCCUCUGGACCUUCUUUUACCGUCUCAAAGUGUGGAAGCCUUACGCGGUCUACCUGUUCAACCUGGUGGUGGCUGACAUGCUGUUGAUCACCUGUCUGCCAUUCCUCGCUGUCUUCUAUCUGAAGGGCAAGACCUGGGGACUCGGCCAUGUGCCCUGCCAAAUCCUGCUCUUCCUGCUGGCCUUCAGCCGUGGUGUGGGGGUGACCUUCCUGACCACAGUGGCUCUAGACCGAUAUCUGCGUGUGGUCCAUCCUCGGCUCCGAGUCAACUUGCUAUCUCCAAGGGCGGCCUGGGGCAUCUCCAGUCUAGUAUGGCUUCUCCUGGUUGCUCUCACUCCCCAAAACAUGCUCAUCCACAAGGCUACCCAGAAUUCCACCAAGUGCCCCAGCUUCUACCCCAUAGGAGAAACUGAGGCCAGCGCCAUCUGGCAGGAGGUGCUCUUCUUCCUACAGCUCCUGCUUCCCUUCGGCCUCAUCUUCUUCUGCAACACUGGACUCAUCAGGACCCUCCAGGAGAGACUCCGGGAGUCUGACAAACAGCCCAGACUCCGGAGGGCCAGGGCACUGGUUGCCGUGGUGCUGGUGCUGUUUGGACUGUGCUUCCUGCCUAGUGUCCUGGCCCGAGUCCUGAUGCAUGUCUUUCGGGAAUUUGAGAGCUGCCGCGUCCAGCUAGCCAUAGUGCAGGCCUCCGAUGUCGCCGGCAGCCUCACCUGCCUGCACAGUGCAUUGAGCCCAGCCGUUUACUGCUUCUCCAACCAGGCCUUCACCCACUCGUACCGGAAGGUGCUCAGAAGCCUUCGAGGCUGGAGGAAGGCAGCAGAGCCAGCUAGCUCCAACCUCAGGGACUCCUAUUCCUGAUGACUCCUGAAAUCCUCAGCUCCCCUUUCUUCUGGAACCACCUUGAAUCUGAACAAUAACCCGAUAACCUCGGGGUCAGAAGAGAGAAAGUGCACUACAAGGAUCCAGACAUAGUCAACGCCGUGACACGUUUGGUUCACCCGAAUCUCCCCCUGCGUCUGUCACACUGCGGAGUGGCAGAUCACCCAGACAGACCCUGCCUCCUUUGCACAGUGACCGUCCUGAUGGAGUUGCCAAGCUGAGAGGUUGAGCUCUUCUGCACAUCCACACAGGAAGAUUCCAAUGGGCUCGGUGAGCGGAGGAGACUGCCUGUGUUGCCCCCAGCACCGUCUGGUCUCUUGGGUCAUGCUCCCUUUCCACGCUUCCACUCUCUAGUGUGAAAAACUGCUUUCUUCUCACCCAGCGUGGAGCUCAGAACACUGGAAGCCAGCCACCGCUGCGGUUCUGAAGAGGUUGCAGGUCACGUUCUGCUUUUAUAAAAUUCCCCUUUGUUUUUAUAGGUUGUACCGCGUGUCAGAGACAGUUAGCAACCUAGCUCCCUCACUGUAGGAGACACCUGGUAAUUGCCUUAACAUUGACCUUGAAGUGAUAGCUUAACUUGAAAUGUCUGCAUUUAUCUUAGUCCUGGGGAGAGGCACUUGCUUUCGAAAUGGUGCUUGAAGCAAGUCCCCUGGGAAACCUAAGGGCUGGCAGACCACGGCAUGGGACUGGUGUCACCUCAGUCCUAGAACACACAGGCCAGGGACAGCUGGUGAGCAGGAGGAUUCAUCUCUGUUUCCAUGCUCAUAUCUAGAAAGGCAACUAAGAAAAAGGAAUACCCACAAUACUUAUGGGGGCACCUGCCGCCUACCUGGGAUGUUCUUACAAUGGCCAUGGCUCUUCACACAGGCAUCCCACGGUGUACCCUCCUUGAUGCCAGAGCUGGUGGCACUGGCAACACCAUGUCCACUCAUAUGUUUCCUUGCCUGCUUGGUAGAUUCCUUGUCAGGACCCACCUGAGACAUUAUGUGGAAGGAUAGAAAAGCCCCAUAGACCAGAGUGGCCUACCAGAUUCAGUGUUCCCGGGGAAUGAGGACUGUGCAGCAGUACUUCUGUUUUCCAGGAUUUGUUUCCUCCUAAGAAAGCAGACUGUCACAGGCCUGAGACAGAACCGUGGCCUGACCAGGAUGAGACUGAAGUCUGCUGGGUGGGUGUAUUUGGUGCUGUGCCCACUUUCUUCCCUCUCAGCGGAGGAAAAGCACCUCCGCUCUCUCCUCCCCACCCUCAUGCACCAGCAGUUGAAAGGGAGUUUGAAAGCCCUCCACUUAACACAAGCAUUUUCUUUGAAAUGUCGUUAUUGCUGUCAUAAGAGGAGUCCCAGCUCUCUCCUGCUCUUGGACUUUUGAGUCUGUGCCUGUGCUUAUGACAGGCACACCGAAUGUGAUGGCAUCCUCUGAACAGUCACUACUGUUAUCCACAGUGGCAGGGGCUGUAGAACAGACCAUCCCCACUCCUUGUGAAAGCUUUGCUGGUCAGCUGUGGGGAGGUCUGUCAGCUGUGGGGAGGUCCGGGACCUUAGCCCUCCCAGUCCUGGAAGCCCAAGACUUCCAACUUCCUGUCUUGGGCUCUGCUCUCGAUCCAGUGGUGCUGCAUCUGCCAACCUCUGCCUCUGCCCGGUUUGCCCGUCAGUGAGCUAGGCUGUCUUUGGGACAUCCUCAAUACAGCAUCCCUGCCCUCAGGGCCCUAUUUUAUGCCCCUACGGCAGCCACAUAGGAGGAAACCCUGGUGCCUCAGCCAAGUAAGGACACUCCAGCUCAGCUGGACCAGAUGGGGCAGGGCCCAACAUUGGCAAGCCCCCUACCUUAAAUCUAUUCACGUGUAGCCCAGGCUGAGCAUGGCUGGUUUGACAGCUAAGGGAGAUCUUGUGGAGACAGUGUCUUGCUCCAUCUCUUAGCUCUGUGACCUGGGAUACGAUACCUAACUGCUUUUGUCUGUCCCCAUCUUCAAAAUAAGGAAAAUAGCAUCUACAAGGAACCUUUGUAGGGAUUAAACAACACUCAAAAUCCGUUAUACAGAGCUAGUCAUGUCGCAAUCAUUCCACAGACAUGAAUUUGAUCUUCACUUACUUCUGUUUUCCUGGAUGACUUCCCCACCCAGUCUGUGGGCCUUGGGGACGUUGUUUUUCAACUGCGUGUCCUCAUCCAGCAUCGGUGCUCAGUAAUGGGAGCCUUGUAAAGUUCAUUCAAACCAAAGGCUCUCCAUUUCCUUUGUCUGGGUAAUCAUACUCUAUAAUGGUCCUGUCCAGGGUUGGGACAGCUGUCUCUGAGGACAUCCUGCUGGGUCACAGAUGCAUUUGUUGUGGAAGGCUAGCACCUUUCAGACUAGCCUCCCCACAAACUUUCUGAGUGAGGAAUGACCCAAGAGGAAAGCAGGGGCAGUCAUAAACAACAGGUCUCGGGGCCUUAGCUGUGACUGGUGACAGUGGCGGUGUCUGCUUUUGGUCUCAGGGGCAGGACCACAGUCGCUCCUUGAGCUGGCAGCUCUCCACUCUGCUGGAUUCUUGAAUUUCUGGGAAGAGCACAAUGUCAGCACCAGAGCUGUUUAUGGCUUCUGUUGAUCUUGCCGUGUCUCUGAGUCCCUGGACUCCAGCCAGACCUGCACAUUUUGACAUCUUCUUAGAAUAUUCCCAGUUCCUGCUGGCCUCUGGCCUCAGUCAGGGACAUUACUUUCGUGGAAAGUCACCUGGACAACAUCUCCAUCUACUAACGGGCGCGGCAGGGUCUCACCCCGCCCCCCACAUCGACUCUGCUCUUACCCCAUGUGUUUCUCUUGCAGCCAGAGCAUCUCACUCAUUCUUCACCCCUAAUGCUUUGCUCAGAGCACACAGAGGCCACUUCAUGGACAGGAAAAAAGAAGCAGCGGUGAACAGAUCAGCCCUGUAACAAAGAAGCUCAAUUGUUUAGCAGAUUGGGUUUUGUUUGUUUUCAAAUGUAUCUUGAAAGUCUGACUCCAGAGGCAAACUGAAAAUGAUCUCUGAACACCUUUAGGAAAAUGUUGAUAGGAAUGAAAACGAUAUAAUGCUGUUAGCAGAAAGCUUCCCUCAGAAUGCACGUGCUCACUUGUGCCGGUAAUCUCAUUAACACUGACCUAUGGGUGUGUCUGUGGGGAUUGUCUUGAUAAUUGGUGUGGAAGACCCAGCCCACUGUGGGCAGCAUUAUCCCCUAGGCAGGAGGCUGAAAAGUCCUGAGUCAUUCAUUUCAAAGCCAAAUGAUGAUGAGCAGUGCAGAGCAGACUGAGGGACCAAAAUGCAGGGAUGGUAGAGCCUUUGAGCUUGGAUGAGGACCGUGGAUACAUUAUGUGGCCCUCAGAGGCUUCAUCUGUUAAAGUUCCUGUCAUUGCAUGUCAUUUUCACCAUGACUGUGUCAAUGCAGAGCAUGGCAUCGCCUUUCUUCCCCUGAGCCUUUUCCUCCUGUAAACAGAAACUCGUGCUCUGUAAACCCUGGUGCCUCAGCCAAGUAAGGACACUCCAGCUCAGCUGGACCCUGGUGACCCACGGCCACCCUUCCUUACUGGUCCCUGAGCCACAUUCUCCUCUCUGUGUCCUCACCCAGCUCUCUAGGUGCUUCCCACAAAUGGAGAACUACAGUCUGUCAUGAAGGGAACACUUUACUUGGUGUGGUAUCCACAGAGCUCACCUGUGAGGUGGCAUAUAUCAGUCUCCUUUUCAAAAAUAAAUAAUAUUUUGUGUGUCUGUUCCUGCACCCACUGAUUGACUCUUGGGCCCCUCCUCCCUUUUGGCUGUUGUGAGCCUUUUUGUAUGAAAAUAGGUGUGUAGAUGCCCUUGUAGACCCUGCUUACAGGUAGGAGUGGGAUUUCCGUGUCCCAUGGUGAUUCCUUUUUGAAUGUUCUGUUGCCCCAGGAGCUGUUUCACUUAUACAUUCUCAGCAAAGCUGUACAGGGAUUCCAGCUCCUCACCAGCCAUUACGGAGCAGCUGUAGAAGACAGGAGGUGGGCUUUCUUCCUGGGAGUCUGAAAAUGCUUCCUAUGAAGUCUUAGCAGAAACUCUCAGAGCCAGCUGUCGACACUUGUGGGUAACAGUGAAUUUUUCAUUUACUUGGGUUCCCUUUCUGUUGUCUUAGUCAAUCUGGGCUGACAGAGCAAAGCGUCCAUGCCUGAGGAGGCAGAGCCUGAUGGCUCACAGUUCUGGAGAACACCCAGAUUGAGACACUGGCAGAUCAGGGUUGCUGAAGGUUGCUCUCUGCUCUAGAGAUGGCAACUUGAAGCGGUAUUUUCUUGUGGCUGGAGGAGCCUAGGAGCAUCCAUGAGCCUUGAGUGUAAGGGUGUUGUUGCUGUGGAAUAAUCCUCUUGUACACUGUAAAGAUUUGUCACUCAAAUUGUUUUAAUAAAAUGCUGAUUGGCCAGUAGCCAGGCAGGAAUUGUAGGCAGGACAACCAAACUAGGGGAAUGAUGAGAAGGGCAGAGUCAGGAAAGACAUAAGCCAGCUGCCAGGCAAGCAGGACAUAUAGAAAGUGAGGUAACAAGCCAUGAGCCAUGUGGCAAAGCAUAAAUAGAAUAUGGGUUAAUUUAAGCGUAAGAGUUAGCUAGAAACAAGCCUGAGCUACUGGCCAAGCAUUUAUAAGUAGUAUUAAGUCUCUGAGUCAAUUAUUUGGGAAGCAGCUGCCAGGUAUUUGGGAGCAAGCAGUCAGGAUGAGAAAUGUCCAGUUACACAUUGCCCUGGUUAGUUUUAACUUUCAACUUGAUACAAGUUGGAAUCACCUGGGAAGAAACCCUUAAUGAAAAAUUAUCUGGAUCAGAUUGGCCUAUGGACAUGCCUGUGGGGAUUAUCUUGAUUAUUAAUUGAUGUAGGAAGACCCAGCCCACUGUGGGCAGCACCAUUCCCUGGGCAGGAGGGUCUGAAUGGUAUAAAAAUAAAGAAAGCUAGCUGAGAGCUAGCAAGGAAGUGAGAUCCAUGUAUUUAUUCUCACUUUUGUAGCUGGAAGUUUUCUUGUGUCCCACUCAGUCCUGCAGCCACUCAGGCCCAAGUAAACACACAGAGGCUUAUAUCAAUUACAAACUGCAUGGCCUAUGGCUCAAGUUUCUUGCUAGCUAGCUCUUAUAUCUUAAAUUAACCCAUUUCUAUUAAUCUAUAAGUGGCCACAUGGCCAUGGCUUACUGGUAUUUUCACUUCUUGAUUCUCCUGCCAGCAGCUCACAGUGUCUCCUUCCUCGCCUUUCUCCUCCCACUAUCUCUCUUGGAUUUUCCCGCCUGGCUCCAUCCCGCCCUGCCAUAGGCCAAUGCAGCUUUGUUUAUCAACCACUCAGAGCAACACAUAUUCACAGCGUACAGAAAGACAUCCCACAGCACACUUUGCUUUUGACUGUGGAUGUAAUGCUUUAAAUCACUGCCUCAGCUUCCCCACUGAACUGGAUCAUAACCUGGACUUAUCAGUCAAAUCCAACCUUUCUUCCCUAACUAGCUUCUUGUCCGAGUGUUUUCCACAGCGUUAGAAGUAAAACUAGAGCAGGCACUGACCUCAUGCAACUCUUGGGGCUGGUUAACAGGUUCCUUCCUCAUUUGCUCUCCUUUCUCACAGUACCAGAGGCUCCAUUUACAACCACUAUCUGGGUCUCACCCUGACGUCCCACAGGGUGACAUUUAUGUCCCCCCCCCCCAGGACAGACUGUGGGUAUCUGUGGCUUGAGUCCUAUUUAGCUCUAUGAUAGGAGUGAUUCUGGACUCCACGGUCCUGCUAGGACUCACGGGCCCUUUACAACAAGUGUUAAGGUAUGAUAGCAAACUCUAGCAAGCCAGCUAGGAGUCACACAGGACCUGUCCUCUCCUUUAUUUCUCACAGUCUCCUCUCUCAGUCAGGACCUGAGGAGUCCAGCCAUCUCUACCUGAGGAUCUAGUAGAGUGCUGGUGGGUUGGUCUGUUACCAGUGUGGGGUUUUUUUUUUUUUUUCAGUUCAUUUUAGUCCAUAGGAAACAUCCUUCCUGGAUAUUCUGAGAUCCUACCUCUUUGUGUGAGUCUUUGAGAGCCACUGAAGAGGCUUAAAGGUCCAAAGCAAUGUGUCCUUGGGAGUCUGUGUUCUGGACUGCAACCAAAGGCCAGCCUUCCACUCUGUCUUCCCUAGAGAGAGUGUUACACUGUCCUCAAGAGCACUAGGAGGGCUGGGGUAUGGCUCAGUAAAGAAGGGCUGGCCCAGGAUGUGCCAGGUUCUGGAUAAGGUUCCCAAUACCACAAACCCUUUGUCCGCGACUUUUUAAAGUGAUUCUGUAGCCCUUAAUGUGUGAAGUCGAUGAUAUUCGUCAGGGUUUGUCCUCAGGGACUUUGGGUGAGCUCACUGAGUCAUUGUCCUGGACCCCACUCUCCACUGCCAGAGGUGCCACCAAGCAAGAACACCCUGAAGAGAACAAAGGCACCCAGAAGAUGACACAUUGGACCCUGUUUGACCCACCAUGAUUCUGAGACUGAGAUCUCCCUCCCCCAGUAGAAUAAUGGAGGGUAGGGUGAACAGUACACACCAUAGCCCAAGGGACCAUGUAGUGUAGUGAUGGUAGAUCAAACCCUGUGAAAGGGAGGUGCUCUUGCCCAGCCGGCCACCACUGCCUGCUCACCACUGGCAGUGCAUAGAUCCUCAUAGCUCUAUAGAGGUUCAGUGAUUUUGCAUCUCACACAGCUGUGGGAUUUUCCUCUGUCCCUGCAUGACCUGGACCAGCAGGUCCUUCUUCAGUGCCAGGGUCCUAAGUGGGAGGACUAGGAGAUUAGAAGGUAAGUUGGAAAAGUUUGGGAUCCGGACAUCUUGCAUAAGCUUAUUUUAUGUCAAGCAGGCUUAUUGAGAACUGUAGCAUCUUACACACUGUUUCCUGGGGAUAAAGGGGACAAUGUCAGUGGAGAGCCACCACCUAUACAUAAAUGCUUAGUCACCAAGGGUAGGUUUGAGGUUUCAAAAGCCCCAGUCAGGCCUACGGCCACUUUUUCUUCCUGCUGCCUUCGGGUCCAGAUAUAGGGCUCUCAGCUACUUCUCCAGCACCAUGUCUGCCUGCAUCCUGCCAUGAUGACUGCCAUGAUGGUAAUGGACUAAACUCUGAAACUAUAAGCAAGCCCCAAUUAAAUGCUUUGUGUGUGUGUGUGUGUGUGUGUGUGUGUGUGUGUGUGUGUAUGUGUGUGUGUGUGUGUAAGAGUUGCCUUGGUCAUGGUGUCUCUUCAUAGCAAUAGAACACUGACUAAGACAGAGUAUAUGCUUAUUUCAUUUAACAUUGAAUACAUGGAUUGAUUUCCUUCUGGCAUCCCAGGUUUUUGAUAAGAACCUAAUUACCUUCUGGGAAAUUAUGAGAACCAGCCUCGUGGGUGGUAGUAAACUGCUAGAUUAUAUUUUAUAAGCAGACCUUUCUAAGUAUGUUAAGCUGUGGCAUCAUCUUGGGCUCAUCAGUCAGAAUUCAAAAAGGUGCCGUGGUGAGUGCAGACGUGAGGAGGCACAGCAGACGUUCAAACCAGAAACCCAAGGACGUCACAGCUUCCUACAGGCUCUGAUUUCUAAAAGCCUAACACCGGUCUCCAUGGCCCACCUGAGCCAGAACCUUUGCGUCCUGCCCAGCCAUGCAGGGCAGGUCCUGCUAUGACCUCACGAGGAGUGUUUGUGACAGUUCCAGUCAGCAGAUGUUAUGCUGUGGCCCGACCUGGAUUUCUUUGGGUGACUUGAGAGGAGCUGUGGAGUGGUGCCCUGUGAGACUUUAUUGUAUCUAGUGAGGUUGUGGGUGAUCCUCUGGGUUUGGUUGCUUAGUUUGUGUGUGUGCUUGUGCGUCCUUAUGUGUAAGUGUGUGUAUAGGUGUGUUUGUGCAAGUGUGUACUUGUUUAUUUGCUAUUACAUGUGACCGCAUGUAUAGGUGUGUACCUGUGUGUAAGUGUGGGGUUGGUUGUCUGCACAUGUGUGUUCCACUAGAGGCCAGCACCCAAUCCCAGGUGCCGCACUUCAGAUGCGCUGCCCACUCUCUUUGAAGCAGAGCCACUCGUUGGCCUGGAGCUCACUGGGCAGGCCAGGCUGGCCAUGGCCCCAGGGAUCUCCCCAGCGGGAGAGUGAAACUGGUGCUGUCUGGAUUUUUAUCACUGCUUCUGAUGUUUGGUUUGGCUUUGUUUCUAACACGGAUUCUCGGGCAGAAUUCAGAAGGUUGUCCUAGGAUCGUGCCCUCCUGUAGUGCCUGCUGGUGGUGUCUGCCUCCCCCGACUUCUUACUUACUUGCUCUUAGAUUUUAGGGAUGUAUUUAAUAUAUUUAAUGGUUGUAUUUGGAGGCUUUCUGUGUUUUAGUUUUAAUGCUUUCUGUUUUUCAUUUGUUUGUCUCUUUUUCUUUCCUUUAAUCUUUUCUCUUUAAAAAAAAAUUAUUAGCCAGGUGAGUUCCAGGGCAGUUGGGGCUACACAGAAGCCCUGUCAUGAACCCUUCCCCCCUAAAAAAAAAACCCAAACAAAAUAAAACAAUCAAUUAUUUACCACAAGAACGUUCUUGAUCCAUGGAAUUCACACCCAUUUGGCUUUUAGCCAGUUUUAGUUUUCAGAUUUUUAUUUUUGUUUGUUGGUUUGGUUUUUAGUUUUCUGGUUUCAGUUUAUUUAUCUUUGUCUCUGUUUUUGUUUUUGGUUUUGAGGUUAUCUUGUAUUUUAUUUUUUGAUUUGGUGUUUUGGCUCGGGGUGUUUGGAGUUUGGGUUUUUAGAUUUUGUUUAUUUUAUAUUUUUUACUUGUUUCAUCCCUCUUUUUCCUUUUCUUAUUUCCUUUCAGAUUUGUUUCUUUUUCAUCUAUCUUUCAGUUAGGACUCCAGCAUUCAAGCUGUGGCCCUUCUGACGCACUGGACUGUGAGCUGAGGUUUUGCUUUGGGUUUUGACUUCUGUUUCUGCGGUUUGGUUUCCUAGUUUUGAGUUAGGGCUUUGGUUUUUUAUUUUGCUUUUUAUUUUCAUUUUGAUUUUUUUUUCAAUUUUAGUUUUUUUCAAUUUUAAAUUUUCAUUUCUUAUUUCAUUGUACUCUCCUUUAUUCCUUUUUCUUUGACAUAGUUCCCGCAGAUAUACCACCUACGACCUCUAAUCAGCCUGACGGAGAGAUAGCAGGGCUCAAGCCUGUGCCCAUCAUCUUUGGUGAAGAGAUAUUCACCAGUCAAUACACUGUCCUGAGGAAAUCAGGUCAGGGCGCCAAUGCCAAGGUGAUGCUAGCCCAGCACCGUCUCACAGAUGUUCGAGUAGCCGUGAAAGUGCUGGAGAGGGAGGUGCUGUGGUACCAACUAUUUCAGAAGUGGGCAUUCUGAUGACCGUCAGCUACCCAAACAUUGUUUCUCUCGUUCAAGUCAUUGAAACAGAAAAGAAUAUCUGUCUCAUCAUGGAGGUGGCUGAGGGAGAAUGGCUGUCUCGUCAUGGCUCUGAGGCUGGAUGCUCGCAGGAGAAUGCGGUCCUAGAACUAUUUCACCAAAUCAUAGGUGCUGUGGGCUAUUGCCAUGACCACGGCAUAGUCCACAGAGAUCUGAAACCUGAUAAUAUCAUUGUAGACAGCUCCAGAAAAGUGAACAUCAUGAACUUUGGUUUGGGACCAAGGCCUGGGAAAUAGCUUGAUAGGCCUGGAGGGGCAUUCCAUUUUGGUGCCCCUGAAUUCUUCCUAGGUGUGCCAUAUGAUAUCCCCAAAACAGACAUGGAUCUUGGGAGUCCUCUUGUUUUUCAUGGUAGCAGGGACACCCCCACUGCAGCACCCACCUUCUCAGAGCCUUGGAAGCAGGUGGUGCCAGGGAGGAAUGAGGUCCCUAAUCAGCUUUCCAAAGAACUACAGGGCCUAGUCAGACACUUACUGUCAACGCCAGCCAGAGGCCAACAGCUAAAGAACUACAGGGCCUAAUCAGACACUUACUGUCAACGCCAGCCAGAGGCCAACAGCUAAAGAACUACAGGGCCUAAUCAGACACUUACUGUCAACCCCAGCCAGAGGCCAAUAGCUAAAGAGAUCGAAAGGUACUCAUGGCUAAGACAUGAGGGUACAUCAACUCACAAGAAACAAUCCCAAGCCUCCUGGACCCUGCAAUCAUGGCAGCCAUGGAAAACAUUGGCUUUAACGUCCAAGAUAUAAGAGAUGCCUUAUGGCACAGGAAAUUCGACAAGACAGUGGCAUCACACUGCUCACCACAGCACCAAACACACCAGGAACAUGGCUGCUCAACACACUCCAAGCCAGGGACACAGCGGUGACACAUUUCACCUCCCUCACAGAUCCUGACACUUUCCCUUUGCCCCUGAGGAGGAGGGCCGGUGAACCUGCCCUUCAAUCUUCAACAAAAACCCAGAGGCUAGAGAUCGUCCCACAGGCCGGACAAAGGGGUGACAGAAGCGUCACGGAGCAGGACAAUCCUCUCUGCUUCUACUUGUGGUGUACUCUUGCCACAGCUCACCUGUGCGACAUAAGUGCUCCCCAUAUUUAUUCACCAGCAGCCAGGGGAACACAGAAAAUGCCACAUUAUUCGAGGAGAAGCCCCUCCCCCGUGAACCAGACCAUAGUGAAGUCCCAGACAAUACAGUGAAUGGAAGUCACGGCCAAGGAGGACUGGGAAAUGUCUACUAAAGCUUUGUUGCUGCCGGCCAUCACAGAAGAAACCUCAUGGGUGGCAGAACAGAGUGUCUCCCCAGAAAUGAGGGGACAAAGUGAACGUCAUAGGGAAUUCAGGUGUGUGGCCCAGGUCCAUUCCCGUGUUCAGUUGUGUCUCGUCAAUUGACAGAUCAUAAUCAUGAGCAUUUCCAGGGUAAAGUGUGUGGCAGGCUAGAUCGAGACACCGUGGGAUAGUUAGGUCAUGUCCAUCAACACUGUACGGUUGAAGUCCACGAGGCCCUUUCCUCUGCAUCCUUGCAUCGUAUGUGGCCUGGCAGAGGACGGAGACUUCUGUGAUCCCAAAGUCACGGUGUUAGGACAGUCUUUGUCUGGACACCGAGAGCUGUAGGAUGGAACCAUGAAAGAACCUUAGAUGCUUUGUGCCCCUCGUCCUGCCCAGAGGCCUGGUUCAGCCAGGAGGCAGGUAGAAAAUCGGAUAGGCUUCCAGUAGGGGGCAGUGCAGUCACUAGGAACACCUGUCACAGGGAACUCCAGAGAGCAGGAUAGAGGGGACCUCACAUCAGCAACAGAAAAAAAGACCCCAGCAGCCAGGAAUUCGGGGUGAAAAAGCCUGAGUCAGGCAGUGGGGUCCCCUGUCCUUUUCCGCUUCCUCACAACACUGAGGGAAGGGAACAGAGCAGUGACCCUGAGUAAAUUCUCCCCAGUUCCCUCCUGCCUGGACUGAGUCUACCAGGUUGAUCUCAGUCCGUGGGCGAGGCUUUGCCCUGGAGGAGGUGGG